CUAGGCCAGAAGUGGAAGAAAACCUAGCGAAGGAUUAUAUUGUCAUGUCUAUGUGUUCCAUGAAAGUAAAGUUAUGAACUUUGCAAAGAAAUCGUGAGAGAAAAAGGAAAAAUAUAUAGAGAGUCCCAUCAAAUUGUAAAUCAAAUUCACCCAACCGAACGGCUUUCCUUUCCGAGCUUACCUACGUUCGACAUUGAAGCGAGUCGCUGUUUCAUCCUAAAUUCAUCGCCUUUUUUGUAGGAGCAUGUCGGACGCUUAUUGGAGGUAUACCGACUCACAGCAGCAGCCCCCGUCGUCGGUUCCGGCCGUCGUCGGCAAGCGCCCUCGCGUCGAUUACGAUCCCACUGGUCUUCACGAGUUGCCCAACUAUUACCAUCGUCAAGAUGAUAGACCAGUGCUCCAAGGAAUUAAAAGUGUUGAUUCCAUCAAUGAGUCCUAUGAACGUUACCUACGCAGCUCGCAAAUUUCAUCUUAUGGUGGACAGUCUGCUAGACCUGUUGGAGGGGGUGUUCCUGGUCAUUCGAUCAAUGAUCCACCUAUAUUGGGGAUUGGGGGUGUGGUUUCAGGGGCAAAUGUUAAUGAUAGAAGUACGAGCUUUGGAGGUGGGAGGCCUAACAUACCCCUUCCACCUGAUGCUUCUAAUACACUAUUUGUGGAAGGCUUGCCUUCAAGCUGUACACGGCGUGAAGUAGCUCACAUAUUUCGCCCUUUUGUUGGCUACAAAGAAGUGAGACUUGUUAACAAGGAAUCCAGAAAUCCAGGAAGAGAUCCGGUGGUGCUCGGUUUUGUAGAUUUUGUGAGUCCUGCCCAUGCAGCUACGGCCAUGGAUGCCUUACAAGAGGUCACCGUUGGAGAAUUAUGUGCCUUCAAUUUAUAUAUUUAUUUUGGCUUGUCUUUAUGGAAAAUUUGUCUAUUUGUCUUUCUUUUGCGUAAUUCAUGAUUUCCUUCUUUUGGUGUCUUUACCCAAACAUGGGUACACGUACAUCUCUGUUUAUAUGUCUUUACAUACUAUUUUCCCAAGAUGUGGAUUCAGACAUUUUGAGAUAGUUAAGUAGAAAACAAAAUGUAGGGUGGAAUCACUUUGCCUUUAGUCCCACUCAAUCUCCUUCAUUGUAAUGCCUCAUUCAGCCACACGCUGAAUAUGGAAAUGGAGGUUUGACUGCAUGAGAACGUACGAUUCAGCAAAUAGCUAUAUAAUUGUUAGAUUUUUAUUUAUUUAUUUAUUUAUUUUGGUUAGGAAACUAGGCUGUUGUGUUGGGCUUGUUAAAGGGUAUAGGCAUUAUUAUGGGCAUUGAGCUCGCUCUAGUUUCCUGCCCCCUUGAAUAUGAGAUUAAGUUUUAAAAGAGAGGAUGACAUACAACGAAACACUUAAUAGGUUACAUAUCAUUUUAUUGACGUCAACAACAAUAUUGAUGCCAAGUGGGAAAUUUAUCUAAAGUGGCUGCCACAUCUCAUAUUGGGUGUAUGGUUAAAAAACGUCUUUCAAUCUCAUGCAUAUGACAGUUUAUGUAACAUAUUUGACGGCUAGAUUAAGUCAUUUCUUCAUUGUUGGGGAUGUACUUUUUAUGUGUAUUCAUAUGGCUCUGUUUUCUCCAAGGUGGGAAUAUGUUUGCAUGUGUAUCAUAGGGCUCUUAGAUUCCAAGUUGGGGCGCUUGUAAAUUUGAGUUUGUCGAUGCUAUCCUGCAUUCAGCCGGUAGGAAAUCUGGUUAGCUUUGUACUUGGUGUCAUAGAUUAUGCAAUCCAGUACCUCAUGAUAAAUUAUGUUUAGUAGUUUAAUUGCGUGAUUAACUCUAUGGUCUUUGACCUAUACAUUCUAUAUCCUUUCUAAUUUUCACGUUAAAAUUAUUACUUGGAGUGGGGAUUCGUACACCUCAAUUGUUAGGAAGGCUAAAUCACGGUUGCUGAACUCAACCAUGAGAUCAAACCUCCAAGCCUGUAAUAAGGUCCUUUGUGAUAUGUCCUUUUGAAUUAAGCAUAUAGUUGAUUAUGAUAAAUCAUAAAGGUGAAUAUUAGACUAUUUAUGAUUCAAAUCAUUUUACACGAUAUUUGUUCUUUUCCUACCUCGUCGUUCUACACGUAGCUACUGCAUAUAUCAGUCGAGCUCGAUU